AUGCCUAUCGAGCCGGUAAAAGUGAAUCCUUCGUCGGACAGUGCUGGCCAUCAUAUACGCCUACAGUACUGCCAGAACCGCCCACUGUAUCGACGAUCACGCCAGUUGACCGCUGUACGAGUCUAUUCGGUGGCGAACGAAUCGCGGCACUUGUUGGUCUUUGGCGUGCCGCAGAUAAAUCUAUUGCGAGAAUUGCGGCAAGAGUUGGUGCGAUUUGGUGCUCUAGAGUUUAUCCACAACAUUACCGAGACUUGGCAACAGCAGCACGACGGCUCGGACGUUCUAACGCCGGAACCGUUUACGGACGUGUUCCACGUGUGCUACGCCAGGCUAGAGAGAGCCCGGCGAGCUAAACGGAUUCUGGACGCACGUAACUUCUACGGCGGUGUUCUGCAUAUUUCCUACGCACCAGAGCGCGAAACUGUGGAGGAGGUACGGUUUAAAUUAAACCAACGACGAUCGGAGGUGAAAUUUCGGUCGAAGCUCGAAAAUCGACGGGUUCCGAAGAACCCGAGGCAAGCACAGCCUAGUGUGGGUGCAUCCCAACCGCCAUUGACCGUUGCUCCUGUCAACACUAGCAAGUCAAUAAGGACCCGUGGUCGUAAAGGUCGGCGAAGAGACUAA